GCAGACGGCGUGUAGAACGGUACUGAUUUUACUGUCGGGAUUUUUUCACCAACUUCAGGAUGAAGAUAUUGGGCUGCACUGCAUGAAUUCACAGCAAAACCGCAGGCCUAAUCAGCAUCCAUUGAACUGAGAGCGCAAUAUAUCAUCCAUCAAGUAACCAUCGGAGCGCACUGGUUGUUUUUGCAACCGAAGGAAUCGUCAUUCGAGACGAGAGUGAACAAACCGUCAGCCACGUAACAAACAAAGUAGGUCCUUGGAAAGCAACAAUUAAACCAACCCGCCGGACUGUCUUUCGACCGCACCAAAGAACCACAGCAGCGUCACAGUAUCUGCCGGCAGCAAACGGCCAGCGUUGACUUAGCAGCAUCUAGCAAGGCAGCAAGGUCAUCGACAAACAGCAUAUAUCUUACAACGUAACUGCAACGCUAAGCUUGCUGCAAGCGCACAUCGUAUAAGUUAGUUGACGAAAGAAGUCCAGUUUUUAUUUCUACAGUUUAACAUACUACCGGAGGGAGCGUAAACGGCAGCGCCGGAUCGCUAGUGUCCCCGACGAUUUCCACCUCCGUAGCAGCAUCGGCGGUAGUGCCCUCAUCGGCGUCACCCAUCGCGACCGAACUUGGAAUCUCCACGGUGGCGGUUUCCGUCGCUGGUCCUCCCUCGUCGGUGGUGCCUACCGCAAUUCAAUCGAUGGUGGUGGCGGCGGCUGCUUCAACAACUGCUGCUUCUGCGUCUCCGGAGCUAGGAGACAGGACGAUAGGAGCCGAGGAAGUAUCACCUUCGCCGUCAUCGACUUCGCCGGCGUCCUGCUCCUCCUCGUCCUCCUCGUCCUCGUCGUCGUUGGUGGCGUCGUCCGGUUCUGCCUCUGCGGUCUCCUCAGCAGCUUUGGCAAUCUGUCCCUCGUCUACUGCGGUACAACAAGUGGCUUCGGCACCGUGCGUAUCGCUGUCUCCACGGCCGGAUCUGCAGUUGGGCUCGAACGGAAGUACCCUCUCGGCUAACAACGGUGGUGGCAGUUCAAGCAGCAGCAGUUGCAGCAGUAGCAGCAGUUCCAGCAGCAGUGGAGGCAUCAAUAUGUUUCCCGAUUCGUUUAACCUCUACGAUAUGCUGGAACCGGAUGUGGUCGGCAACGGGCGUAAGAGUGAGACCGGCAGCUCGAGCGGUGGCUUCCAGCUGGAAAAUGGCUCGCUGUCGGAUCUGAUGGACCAGGAUUGCACCCUCUGCCAAAACAAAUUUACGUCGCCUCGUGUACUAUCCUGUUUGCAUGUUUUCUGCGAGUGCUGUCUCGACAAGCUGAUUGCGGAAGGUGGCGCCACAUGUGACAAGAAGCUGCAGCUGGAGGGUGCCACCGGUGCGAUCAACUGUCCUAUUUGCAAGCAACUGACGCCGGUGGGUCCGAAGGGUGCAGCUGGCCUGCACCAGGAUUACAUGCUGAGUAACGUGCUGGACCUGUCAUCGAUUGAGCCGGCGCUGCUUGCGUGCACCUCGUGCAAGAGCAAGGAGAUGGCCGUGUCACGCUGCAACGAUUGUGCCAACUUUCUGUGCGACAGCUGCGAGUACGCGCACCAGCACAUGCGCUGCUUCGAGGACCACAAGGUGGUUCAGCUGGACGAUUUGCGCAAAUCGGCGGAAAAGGUCGCCAUCCAUAAGCCGCUGUACUGUUCGGUGCACGUUACCGAAAAUCUGAAGUACUUCUGCUUCAACUGCGAGACACCGGUGUGCAAUGAGUGCUUGAUUGGCGAUCACAAGGGAAGCGAGCACAAUUAUCAGAUCAUUAGCGAGGCAGAGAAACCGAUGCGCCUCGAGCUGGAGUGCUCGAUGAAGGAGGCCCGCUCGAAGAUCGAGUACUGCAACCAGGCGUCGAACAAGCUUGAAUCGUCGCUGCACGACCUGCAGAGCCAGUUUGAAACAGCGCGGGGUCUGAUCAACGAGUCGUUCCAGAGUUUUAAGGCGGUGCUCGAGCAGUGCUGCGAAAACGCCUUGAAGAACCUGGAGAAGCUGCAUUCCGAGCGCGAGCUGAAGAUCAUGGAUCUGUACGACAACGUGGAGAAGUCGGUGGAAAAGAUCGAGGUGGCCACGAAGUACGCGCGCAAGGUUCUCGAUCAGGCUAACGGGCCGGAGCUGCUGAGCCUGAAAAGCAUGAUUUGCGCACAGCUCGGUCAGCUGAUGGGUACGGCACCGAAGGUGGACGUCCGUUUUUCGCUCGAGUUCCAGAGCAACUACGAAAAGUUCGAGCAGGUCGUGCCGGAUUUGUUCGGAAAGUUCCGCACCGAGUCGUCGCUUCCGAGUGCGAACGAAACCACGCCCCCGCCGACCCUGCCCGGAAGGCCGCUGAUGGUCCCGGAUGUGCAUCAUCCGCACCAUCAUCAUCAGAAUCCACAUCACCACCACGGUCACCAGCCUGUAAACGGAGGAUGCGGGCUUUCUCAGGGCCCAUUAACCGCGUCGGUUACGGCAAGCAGUCCCAUAUCGCUGCCAACCUCGCUGCAGUCCUCCUUCGAUGGAGACAUUUCGUCUCUCGGCACAGCCGGCUACAUGUUGCCGAACGUGCUCUCCUCGGAAUCACCGGCUACGGGUGCCCCAAUGUCUGGUCCGAGUCCGCUUCGAGCUGGUACCCCGUCACCGAGCGUAGUGAACGUAGGUGGUGGCUCCACCACCUUACCCGGAUUGUCCAGCAUUGCCGAGUAUAAUCUGCAUCGGUUGGCGAACCUGGCUGGUGGUGAUCCGUCCGGCACCGAUCUCACUGACUCGCUCGUGCCCGUUGUCAACAACAGUGUCAACAAUGGGAAUAACGGCAAUAACGGCAACAACAAUCCCUCUCCCAACACGGCAACGCCAAACUUUACGCUGGCUGAUCUGAUUUCCGGCAACCAGCAUGCCAUCCAAGCGCUGGCCAAAUACUCGAUGGGCAGCCAAGACAUGGGCAACGGUGCGAUGGGCCUAACGCCUCAUCCCGGCCUGGAUAGUGUGCCGAUGAUGAACGAUUUCAGUGGUGUCGUGCUGCCGGGGGCGACUUCGCCCAUCCUACCCGUGCCUCCGAACAUGCCAAUGGACGGUCCAAUGAACGGUGGUGGUGGGGGCAGUAGUGGCAGCGGCAGCGAGAUGGCGAUGAGUCGCUUCCAGCCUUCGAUGUGCGUGAAUGGUCGCACGAAAGCUACACCGAUGCAGAUCCGGUGUAAGUUUGGCUCGCUUGGCCAAACAAAGGGGCAAUUUAACUCGCCUCACGGGUUCUGUUUGGGCGUGGAGGAAGAAAUAGUGGUCGCAGAUACGAACAACCAUCGCAUCGAAAUCUUCGAGAAGAAUGGCACGUUUAAGUUCUCUUUCGGUGUGCCGGGUAAGGAGGAGGGUCAGCUAUUCUACCCACGGAAGGUAGCCGUCAUGCGGGCCAGUGCCAAGUUUGUCGUUUGUGAUCGAGGCAACGAACGCUCCCGCAUGCAGAUCUUUUCGAAGAAUGGUCAUUUCAUUAAGAAAAUCGCUAUUAGAUACAUCGACAUCGUUGCUGGAUUGGCCGUCACCAACAAGGGAUUGAUUGUCGCGGUGGACAGUGUUUCCCCGACCGUAUUCAUAAUUUCGGAGGACGGUAACCUUAUUCAUUGGUUUGAUUGUAGUGAUUUCAUGCGCGAACCUUCGGACAUUGCAAUCAAUGGAACCGAUUUCUUCGUUUGCGACUUCAAGGGCCAUUGUGUGGCCGUUUUUUCUGAGGAGGGCACGUUUAAGUAUCGUAUCGGUAGUGAAAAAAUCACCUGCUUCCCGAACGGUAUUGAUAUCUCCGAUGCUGGUGAUGUGUUGAUCGGCGAUUCUCACGGUAAUCGUUUCCAUGUCGCGUGCUAUUCUAAGGAUGGGCAGUUACAGUCGGAAUUCGAAUGUCCCUACGUGAAGGUGUCCCGUUGCUGCGGACUGAAAAUCACGUCCGAGGGCUAUGUGGUUACCUUAGCUAAAAACAAUCAUCAUGUGCUUGUUUUGAAUACACUCUACAUCCAGUGAUCAACAGCAGGUGCAAGAAUACUAAAGCCCAAUUACUAAGAAGGAAAGAAGCAGAGGUGAUGAUGAACGGAAUAUAUUGAAAAAGUACAAGCGAUUAUCAUCGGCAUUUAGCUGCUGGAGUUACGGUAGAUCUGCUGCUUGUCGGCUAAAUCAACCUAUCAAGAACAUCGUGCGUGAGUAUACCCCAAACAAUUGUGGUGUUGCUUACGAAACCGAGCUGCAAGCUGCAACGAACGGAAACUUGAACAACUAGUUUCAUCUGCGACCGCAUCUUUGUUGAAACAUUUUGCUUCACCAAAAAUAACCGAUCGUCGUCCAGUUAUUCUGGUUGACCUGUUUGCUCGCAGAAACCCUGAAAGGCCUGUUUACACCGAAAGGUUCACAUCAGAAAUACCGGAUUCCUACCGUACCGUAUGUUCUGCAGCAUCCAUAACUAUGUCUGCAAAAAGCGAUUGGCUUUGCUGCAAACAAGAUGCAUAUUUUAUCUUUUAUCUUCCCGGAUCGUGGACGGCAACGCCCGAUCAUUUAUGUUUUAAAAAAAUGAUAGAAUGAUAUUAU